AUGGAAAGACAGGACUUGGCAGAGGGCGGUUGGGCAGCGCCUUUCGGCGCCUCUGAAGAGGCCAGGGAAACAGGGAAACUCGCAGAGAAGAAGAAGGAAGUGAGCGAAGCGUUGGAAGCCGUCGGUUUGAGGGAAGCGGAGGCACAGAAACAGCGCGUUGCGUUGGGUGAAAUCGGAAGCGCGUUGGCUAAAGAGAAGGCGGAGCCUGGGCAAAGAAGAGAAGUGGUCAGGGCUUUGGAGCGAAGUUCCGCGAGUGGAGCGGUUGCUCUCGAAAGGUUGACUCUCGAAGUCGAGAAGCCCACGAUUGCCGGGUUUAAGGAUAUCCGGCGGGCGCCCUUGGUCGUGCGAGCCGCGGAGCAGCUCCGUAUUCUCAAAGCCUUCGCCGUUGAAUCCGCGGGACGAGAAGCGGAAGUGUGGCGAGCGACGGAAGCGAUCAGCGCUCAGGUGAAGGAGCUGACACGUGCGUACGAGUCGGAGGUUCGGAAGAUCAGCGACCACCGAGAUGCGGCAGAUGCGUUGCUGACGAAAGAGCUGAGAAGGGUCAUGCAGAGUGCUCUGGAAAACCGGGUUACGAAAGACCUGGCGAGAUGGGGGAGCCCGGAAACGGGCGGCGGUCUCAUUCAGGGCCGUGACGCGCCCGUUGGUAUCAACCCUCUCGAGGCCGUGACGACCUCUUGGAUCAAGUGA